GAAAAACUUUAGGGUUUUGUUGGCUUCGAUACCAUAUAAAUUGGGAAAUUAAUGAUUGUGACUAAAAUAAGUCUCUUGCUAUACAAGUUAAACCCAAAACCUUAUACAACUGAUUAUUCUCAUCCUUAUCAUAAGUUCGUAACAUAGAUCUUAACCAAACAAACUCUCAAUCGCUCCAUGUUUUUGUAGAAGGCGUGUUAGGAUCUCUACUUUUGAAAGUAUCUCUAUUUUCUUCUCAGCUUUAUCUAUACCUCUAUCGUUUGUUUUAUUGUUUAGGUCCCAAGGAUGACGGAACUUCCUUUUGACUUGGUCUGUGAGAUACUUGCAAGGGUUCCAGUUGAGGACUUGCUACGGUUUAGAUGUGUCUGCAAAAGCUGGCGUUCGUUGUUCCAAGAUGAGGGAUUCAUCAGAAAGCACACAACUCAUGCCCCGAGUAUGUUUCUAUUGGCGGCUAAUUGGUGGCCACAGUAUAGACUGCGCACUUGUACUUACGAAGGUCUUACGCUAAAGAUGAUAUUCCAAGAGCCUGAAUUGAACAAUGAUGGAGAGAAAACGAGUGUCAUCGGUCAUUGCGAUGGACUCUUUUGUUUAGAGCUUGAAGACACUUCUUUGGCUGUUUGGAACCCUGCUUUGAGAGAGUUAACAAAAGUACCUAGAAUCGACCAACAACAAACUCGGGGUAUGAGGAUAGGUUUUUGUUACGACCACUCAAUUCAAGAUCACAAAAUCGUUUUGAUGCCGCUCAAGAAUUGCUCUAAAGCACAUGUGUUGACACUUAAGUCCAGUGUGUCUAGGAUGAUUGAUUUCCCAUGGAGGCAAAACUGUGAGUUGAUGACUGUUAAAAAAGAGGGAAUCUUGGUGGGUGAAAAUAUCUUCUGGCCGCUCUAUUCUCAUGAAUUUACCAUUGAAAACGGCGAAAACAUCCUGAGCUUUAGUGUGGUGUCAGAGACAUUCAACUACUGCUCUUGUCCUGGUGGAAAACAAGUGUAUAGAGUUUUAAAGGUGUUGAGAGGAAGUCUAUGUGCGGUGGAUGAAGAGAGAACAAACUGCCAUGUUAUGGUGGUUUGGUGUGCGGACCAUGAAAAGGAAGACAAAGGUCGAAUCAAAUCUUGGAGAAAGAUCUUGAGGCUGACGGCAUCUGAUAUUGAAAGGUCAACACGUUGGCAGGUUGUGGAGUUUCGGCUAGGAGCUGUGAUAAACCGGUCAGGAUUGUUGCUUGUGCUUGUUAGAACAUUUGAAAUAGGAUUUAUACUAUAUGAAUACAACUUGGAGAAGGAUACAAUGAGACAGGUUGAUACUAGUUUUUGCUACAAAUUAAAUUACAAGCUGGAGGAGUAUAUUGCAACUCUUGUUUCCUACUAGACCACCACCUCUACUAAGUGUUAAGCUUUUAGUUUUAAUGUUUUUAUAAAUGCUAUUUCUUCACAACAUUGAUUCUUACUUCUACUCAAUUGAUGGGUUAAUUUGUUGUU